GAUAUGAGGAUGGAUAAUGAGAGCACUGUGUCUGAGUUCAUCCUCCUGGGNCUCCCCAUUCCAGCAGAGGACCAAGGCCUGUACUCGGCCCUGUUCCUGGCCAUGUACCUGACAACUGUGCUGGGGAACCUGCUCAUCAUCCUGCUCAUCAGGCUGGACACUCACCUCCACACCCCCAUGUACUUCUUCCUCAGCCACUUGGCCUUCACAGACAUCUCUUUCUCAUCGGUCACAGCUCCAAAGAUGCUUGUGAAUAUGCUGACACACAGUCAGUCCAUCUCAUAUGCUGGGUGUGUUUCCCAGGUGUAUUUUCUUGCUAUAUUUGCUUAUCUUGAUAGCUUUCUUCUUACAUCAAUGGCCUAUGACAGGUAUGUUGCUAUCUGCCACCCUCUGCACUAUUCACAAACUAUGAAUCAGACCCUCUGUGUCCUUCUAGUGCUUGUAUCCUGGGCUUUAUCCAUUGCCAAUGCACUUGUACACACCCUUCUCUUGGCUCACUUAUCUCACUUUAGAGACAAUACCAUCCCCCACUACUUCUGUGACCUCUCUUCAUUGUUGAAGCUGUCCAGCUCAGACACCACCAUCAAUAAGCUUGUCAUCUUUGUCCUAGGCAAUGUGGUCAUUACCCUGCCAUUUAUAUGCAUUCUGGUCUCUUAUGGCCACAUUGGAGUCACUAUUCUGAAAACUCCUUCCAUCAAGGGAAUCUGCAAAGCCUUGUCCACCUGUGGCUCUCACCUCUGUGUAGUUUCCUUGUACUAUGGAGCCAUCAUUGGACUAUAUUUGNUCCCCUCAUCUAAUAACACUAAUGACAAGGAUGACAUUGUGNCUGUGAUGUACACUAUGGUCACACCCAUGCUAAAUCCCUUUAUUUACAGUCUGAGGAAUCGGGAUAUGAAAGGAGCACUGAGAAAUAGCCUUGGUAAGAGACUGUGUUCAUAA